CUGGUGAACUUUGUCAUGGUGAAACAGGGUUAUUGUGGCGCGAUCUGCAAAGUAACCCCUAAGCAUAUGAAUUUGGGAACUAGUUGACAUCGCGCAGAUAAUAAUAAUAUGGACCACUUCAAAUUGGUCUCAACCAGGGAGGCAACUUCAGCUCAGGCAGCAGAAGGGUCAGACAUGAUAAAAUAUCAGGACAUCUGCAAUGAUUUUGGAUUCAUUCGGAGAGUAAAAGGAGAUGGAAACUGCUUUUAUAGAGCUUUGUGCUUCAGUCUUUUAGAAGUACUGCGGUACAACAAAAAUGCUAUGCAAAGAUUUAAGGACAGACUUAUAAGAAGUAAGCAAAUCUUGCUGACAGCAGGCUAUGAAGAAAGUAUGUUUAAAGAUUACUUAACAACUUUUAUAAACGUACUUGACAGACUUGUAGCAGAUGAAAGGGAAGAGACCCUUUUAGAGCCGUUUAAUGACCAGACCACCUCAGACAACAUGGUGAUGUACCUGAGGUUACUCACAUCAGCACACCUACAGAAUCAUGCAGAUUUCUUCCAAAACUUUGUGGAGGCCCCCGACCUAAAGGUUUACUGUACUCAGGAAGUAGAAACCAUGGCAAUGGAGUGUGAUCAUGUGGAGAUCCUGGCUCUAGCCGAGGAGCUGGAUGUAAGUUUGUGCAUCGUCUCCAUGGAGGGGAGUGACGGCCAACUCAAUUACCACACCAUUCCUGAAGGAUCCCAACCUUCACUGUACCUUCUGUAUAAGACGUCACACUAUGACAUUCUCUACAAGCACAGAGGACCAGACAGCCUGGGGACAUAUUUGGAGGACUGUUAAUCAUUACAUAACUUUGGCGCUCAGAUGGCACAGUGGUAAAACAAACUAGCACAUGAGUUUAAACUUCAGCUCUGCUAUCGACUGGCAGAGCACCUACACAGACAUAACUGGCUUGUCAAUGGAGAUGGAAGGGAUUACAAGUUACGACCUCUGCUAGCUGGUCAAUGGCAGGGGAUAAUAGAGAUUAGUGCAUGACUCUCCAUGCAUGAUUUCCAUAUGAUUUCACCUCGUGCAGGUGAAAAGAAGCAGUCGGUUAUUGCACGUGUGUGUUGGUUGCAGCCCUCCUUGGUCAGGAGCAGUAGAGGUGAAAUACAAUCAGGUAAUUGGAUAUGACUACAUUGGGAGAAAAAUUGGGGUGGGAAUGCCUUACAAAUUAUUACGUUCAUACAAAUGACCAAUUGAAAUUUGGGAGUUAUUUUUGAUGCUGAAUUAAAAUUGGAUAAGCAAAUUAGUACUGUGAUCAAAGGCAGUUUCUUUCAACUGAGGCAAAUUGCUAAAAUUAAAUAAUUUCUCUCUAAACAUGAUUUAGAGAAAGUUAUUCAUGCUUUUAUUUCCUCUCGGUUGGAUUACUGUAAUGCGUUGUAUUUAGGAUUAAGCCAGACGUCAAUUAGUCGUUUACAGAUGGUUCAAAACGCAGCAGCGUCACCUUUUGGUUGGUGCAAAAAAAAAGAAAUCACAUAACUCCCAUUCUGGCAUCUUUACACUGGCUACCUGUUGAUAGUUUUUAAAGCAUUAAAUGAUUUGGCUCCACCUUAUAUUAGGGACUUGCUUUGUCACUACGAGGCUGUGCGAGCCUUAAGGUCGUCAUCUCAGCUACUUCUCUCUGUUCCACGGUCCAGAUUUAAGCAAAAAGGAGAUUGGGCCUUUUCAGUUGUGGCCCCAAGAUUGUGGAACAGUUUGCCGAUAGAUAUUAGGGCUGCAUCAUCAUUGACCUGUUUUAAAUCUAAACUAAAAACUUAUUUUUAUGCUAUGGCCUAUGAUAAUAGCUGAGAUCGGUGGGUUUAUGUUGUUGUGUUUAUGUAUAUGUACAGUAUGUGUGUAUAUGUAUGUGUGUACAUGUGAAUUUGUACUGCUUGUAAAGCACUUUGGGUGAACAUCUUUGUUUGCAAAAGUGCUAUAUAAAUAAAAUGAACUUGAAAUUAUUAAAAGAAUGUUUAUACAGUC